ACAUUGGUAUGAAUUCAAAUUUUGAGCUCAAUAUUUGUUUUUAUCCCCUCAGAUUCUUGAGGCACUUGAGUUCCAUAUGUUCACACUGAUGGCAUCAUACAUGGAAAGUAGUGUGAAGAAUAAGAUAGUUCAAUGGAUCAAAGACGGAGUUGAUUUGGUGUCCAUUAUUGAAGGAGGAGAGAUAGGAGAUGCAGAGGAUGUUAGACUGUACCUAUCCUAUUCAAGUGAUCCUUGUGUUAACAGAUGUAAUGGAUCAGGACAAACACCCUUGAUGAUUGCUUGCAGAAAUAGACAAAAACACAUUGUUAAUAUCUUGUUGGAAGCCAGAGCCGACCCUAACCUGACUUGCACUGUCAAUGGUAGCACUGCUCUUCAUUAUGCCUGUCAAGGGGACAAACAUAUGAUUUCCAUAUGUCGGACUAAAAUAAAGUACCCAAAACAGGAGCUUCAAAGAGUUAUUGAGAUCAUUGAAAUCCUGAUCCACAAUGGAGCAAUAAUGCAAAUGAAUGAUGAUGGAUUGAGUCCUGUGUGUGUGGCAGCUCUAAACAGCUUCAAAGAUGUGGUGGAGUUCUUUUCAUCAAAUAGUGAAAUUCCAGUGCCUCCCGGAGACAUGGUCAAGGCAUAUGAAUUGUUGGGAGUUUCACAAGCACUCUUUGAUGUAUACCAUUUAGUUGAUGCAUGUCACUCCUUUCACCUUGCUGCAUCUACAUGGAAACAUCCUGGAAAUGAGAAUGAUUUAUCUUCACUUAAUGUUGACUGUGCCCUCGACAACUUCUUUACUCACAUGACAACUCUUGUUCUCAACUGUGAUCAGAGAAGUAAGAUCAGGCAGAAGGCAUUCACUAUUGGUAUUAAAUGCAUACCUGACAACGUGAAAAAUAAAUAUGAUUUCUGGCGAUUUACAUCCAGUUACACUGAUCCAGCUUUCUUUGAGAUUGGUUCAGAAGAGGGCUACAACCUCUUGUUGUCUUUGGUAAAGAAAGAAAUGCUUGGGAAAUGUCCACUUGGAACUGUCCUGGACAUGAUUCAGAAUGCAUUGACGUCCAGAUUGUCAACAUCAUUAGGGGUGAAGUUCAUUCCAAGGUUGUUGCAGGCAUACGCAGAGGGAUUCCAAGAAGAUAGCAAGAUGCUCAGAGAGAAAAGACCAGAGAUCUUAGAACUAUCGGGAGGUCUGUUGUUCAAUUUUGCAUACUACCAAUCACAAGCAAAAUAUCUUGAGGAAGUGCUGUCAUAUGUCAAGGAUAUUCUGCAUUGCAUCAAGAUGUAUGCUGAAGAUGGCUGUCCAACAACUGGUGACCGUCCAGUAUCAGUCAUCUCUGUUUUCUUUGAAAACAUGGCCAAUACAAUGUUUGACGAUGUGUAUUGUGGGCAGACCAAGGAAGCAAGGAAUCGAUUGAAGUAUGUCAUUUCCAGUCUCCUCUUCCACAACGGCUACGAUCCUGCUUCACAUUCUUCAUUACUAGAAACACUGGUGAGGAUUGUUGCUGCGGCCCAUGAUAGAGAUUUCAUUAUCCCAAUUGCCAAGAUGCUGAUUCGAUAUGGUUGCCCACCGGACAGUGUUUGCAUUGAGCAAUCUGAGCAGGAUUAUCCAGAGGUGAUGGAAAUGUUGCCUCUUUUGAACCCAACGUCUCCUCCAUCUCUUGAGGAGCUAAGCACACAAGUUAUCCUGCGCAACAAUGUUCCUUACAGAGAAAGACUUCCAAGUUUGCUCUCUGAGAGAAUAGAUGCGGAUAUGUACUUCAGACCACCUCCUUCUGAUUUAGAUUCUUCUGUUUCUUCAGAUUCUUCUGAGAAAUCAGAUGAAUUUGAGAGAAUUAAGAAGAAGAAAGACCACAUUAAAGGCCAAAGAGACCCCAUCAAUCUUGCCUCUAUUAUGAUUGAAGUACGUGAAUCCCGAGAUACAUGUCUCGUACUCAGUGUGGCCAGAAUUAAAUCACUCUGUUCUACUCGCGAGGUGGAUGUGAAUUCUAGGAACCACCUUGGAUGGUCACCUUUGAUGAUUGCAUGUAUGCACACAAACAAUGAAUUGGUUAGCCUUCUACUCGAGCAUGGUGCUGACCCGAAUGCUACAAGCACCAAAGGGGGUAACACACCUAUGCAUUUUGCAUCAGUGGGAUGCAAUUGCUGCUGCUUGUGGGGAGAAAGCUGCGAUUUAUUCGAUAGCUACCUUAACAAGGUAGCCAAGAAGCCAAGAAUAGACAUGAUGAGGAACCUGAUCAGUCAUGGAGCAACCCUGCAGUGUAAUUCUGAUGGGUUGGAUCCCCCAUCAUUUGCUGCACUACACAGAUUCAAGGCUGCUGUGGACUUUUUCGUCAACAGAGGCACGUGUAGAUUAAAGGUACCCGCUGAACAGAAAGCACGAGCCUGUGAAAUCUAUGCUGUGGUGCUUGCAUUGACUAUGGGCUUUUGCAAAGGUGAUGAUGUGACUCCUCAUGAAUAUCUCUGUAAAGCGUUUGCUAUCCGGAAGGGUAGUGGAGUGCCAGUACCAGAUCAGGAGAGAGUAGGAAUAGCCAAUCAUUUUCAUUUAUUUAGAACAAAGCGGGCAUGCACCACCGAAAAGGAUUGGCAACGAAUUCAAUCUGACAAUUGGGCUGUAAGAAUUCAGUGCUUCCUAGUUGCAAGUAGAGUGUUACCAGUGAAAAAGAGGGACAUAUAUCUCUUUCCAAGACUUCUAGCCCAUGGACAUGAUUGUUAUCUCUUUUCCAAAGGAAAUGAACGGCGUUCUGAGGGUACUCAAAUAUUUGAGGAAGCAGUCCGAUGGGAAUUGAAGUCCACCACGGCCAAGCUGGGGAGUGUCCUGCAGAUGAUCCUUAAUGUCCUCUACGUCAUUUUCUUUGUUAGGCGAGAUAUUCAGCUUAAACAUGACCUGUUUGGGGAGUGCUACAAGCUUCUUGAACUAUGUCUUCAAGAAUUCACGGAACUCUCAGAUGCUCGUCUACACAAGUUUGCAACAGAGUUGGCCCAUGAUCACCUGGGAGCAUUCCUGUAUCAUGUUCCUCUCUUUGAUUUCUCCAUGUCAAAGGAAAUGUUCAAGUCACUUCUUCAGGUCUUUGGACGUAUGAUUUCCAUGAUGAGAAGAAGAUGUGGAAGAAGUUCCCCAUCAGUUACCCACUAUAUUAUGGAUAGGAUGGCUCAAAUACUCUUGGACUCUGAUAGUAAGGGUACAUUGAAAGAAAACCGUUUGAAGCUGCUCAUUUCAGCUCUAGUUCAGUGUGAAGAUGCGACACAGAUAAGUGACAGUGGUAAUUCGAUGUUGCAUCCUUUGUUCAAUAUUAUCGCGUUCGAUCUGUAUCCGUCGUUACUCCGGGAUGUGUCUCUUAUCCUUAUCCGCAAUGGAUGUGAUCCUGAUGUUCGCAACGCUGAUGGUAAGACUGUAAAAGAGAUGUUUGUUAAUUACGUAUUCUUUGAUCCAAACUCACCCAAGGACAAACAAGUGGUGACUGUCAUCUCUCCGCCAACAGAAGUUUUGAGAUUGGAAGAGAUAGCAGCUAGGAAAAUCUUGCGUCACAAGAUCCCCCAUGAAGGUAUUCUGCCGAGACACCUGUCUGUCAUGGUUAAAGGAGAACCCGAACCAGACGCCAAGCUCUUUCUUUCAAGUCCUCCAAGAUUUAAUUUUAAGUAUGGUGAUUGGAAUUACGAUGAUGAGAGUUUGGAUGAGUCCGAUGAUGAUGAUGAUGAUGAUAGUUGGGAUGGCGAGAAUUAUAAUUAGGAAUAUUACAAUGUGGAGCAUUUGCUUGUCACAGUGUCAAUAAGGAGAAUUGCUAUGUGGAAGUCAUGGUUAGGAGUACUAGCUGG